GAAACGGAAGGCUGCGCGAGCUCUCUCUACCAAACUUGACUCGAUGUUCAAACUCAAGGUUUUAUCAGCUGUGUGGAAUACUUUCAAGACAGAGGGCGGGUAAUAUUCACAGCACUUUCGACUUCAGGCUGUUUCUUAUAGGACGAAAGGCUUCUGGGCUUACUUGUAUAGUCUUAAAAAGUAAACAGCGGCAUCUCAUAACGACAGAAUAGCGGACCGCUCUUCAGUAAGCUCACUUUCUGCUGCGGUGGGUUUCUGUGUUGUAACGUUAGUCAGCGCUCAGCGUCGCGUGGAAUCCAGAUUAACGUUACAUAUGAUCCGAUAAGAGCUCGCGACGCGCUCGAGUCUACACGCGGAUGAGACGUUGUUGCGAAUCCCAUCCGGUCUGUAAAACAAACUGAACUGCCGGCUCGUUUAUGUUAACUGUUACUUUGUUGAGGGGGCGAACCGGUCUCGGCUGCUCUCCUCUUUGUUUGGGCCCAGAACUUGGCUGAAUCCACUGGAGUUCCGUUUCAAACGUCUCAUUCGACCGCGAACGCUACAUCAGGAUGGCUCCACAAAAGCACGGAUCUGGUGGAAACGGUUUUUACGCCAACAGCGCGAGUAAAGCGGCUAAUGGUGGAGCUCACGUAUCGUCCGGUGUUGUGAUGUCUUCAGUCAAGCGACCCAAGAUGGAGCAGGUCCAAGCCGACCACGAACUCUUCCUGCAAGCCUUCGAGAAACCAACUCAAAUAUACCGAUUUCUUCGCACAAGGAAUCUCAUCGCACCAAUCUUCCUUCACAGAUCUCUUACAUAUAUGGCACACAGAAAUUCAAGAACAAAUUCAAAAAGAAAAUACUUUAGUGUGAACGACCUGCUAUUCAAAGUAGAAAAGUCGAAAGUGGAUCAGGAAUCUCACAACAUGGCGUCAAACCUGCAGCUCACUUUUACUGGAUUCUUUCAUAAAACUGAGAAGCCAUUGCAGAACUCAGAGAAUGAAGAAAACUCAGUGUCUGUGGAAGUGCUGCUUGUUAAGGUCUGCCACAAGAAGAGAAAGGAUGUAAGUUGUCCAGUAAAGCAAGUGCCUACAGGGAAAAAGCAGGUGCCUCUGAACCCAGACGGCAGCCAGACCAAGCUGGGAGCUUUUCCCACACUGAUGGUGUCCAGCCAUGAGUUUGAACCCAGUAACAGCCACAUGGUGAAGUCCUACUCCCUUCUGUUCAGAGUGUCUCGUCCGGGGAGGAGAGAGCUCAACGGCAUGACCACCAGAGAUACCAAUGUUAUGGAAGAGCUGUCUAACAGGAAGAAGAGAUACUGCUCUAAUCAGGAUGACGGAGAAACUACAUUUGUGGCACAAAUGACAGUUUUUGAUAAAAAUAGACGCCUACAACUUUUGGAUGGUGAGUAUGAAGUCUCCAUGCAGGAGAUGGAGGAGAGUCCUGUAGGCAAGAAACGGGCAACGUGGGAAACCAUACUAGAUGGGAAGUGGCUUCCACCCUUCGAGACCUUUUCUCAGGGUCCCACACUGCAGUUCACUUUGCGAUGGACUAAUGACACGGCUGACAGAGGAACAGCCACAGUGGCCAAACCUCUUGCCACACGCAAUUCUGAAUCCAGCUCAGUAGACGGCAGCAAGCCUAGCAAUGUAAAGCCUCCACAGGCAGUAGCUGUUAAUGAUUCGGUUGGUGCUGAUCUACCAAUCAGAAGAGAACAAACUCAUGUUGAACCUCGUCAGAAACUACGUGUUUAUUAUCAGUUCCUAUACAACAAUAACACACGGCAGCAGACGGAGGCCAGAGAUGACCUGCACUGUCCCUGGUGCACGUUGAACUGCCGUAAGCUCUACAGUCUCCUCAAGCACCUCAAGCUCUCGCACAGCCGCUUCAUCUUCAUCUAUGUGCCUCAUCCUAAAGGAGCCAGGAUAGAUGUGUCGAUUAAUGAAUGCUAUGACGGCUCUUAUGUGGGCAACCCUCAGGACAUCCACUGCCAGCCCGGCUUUGCCUUCAGCCGUAACGGCCCCGUGAAGAGGACUCCAGUUACACACUUCCUUGUUUGCAGGCCCAAGCGCUCAAAGCCCAGCCUCUCAGAGUUCCUGGAGUUAGAGGAUGGGGAACAGGAGCAGCAGCGGACGUACAUCAGCGGCCACAACCGCCUGUACUUCCACAGCGACAGCUGCGUGCCUCUUAGACCACAGGAAAUGGAGGUGGACAGUGAGGACGAGAGGGAUCCGGCAUGGCUCAGGGAGAAAACCGUUAUGCAAAUCGAUGAAUUCAUGGAUGUCAAUGAGGGAGAGAAAGAGGUCAUGAAACUGUGGAACCUGCAUGUAAUGAAACAUGGAUUCAUAGCUGACGACCAAAUGAAUCAGGCCUGCAUGUUGUUUGUGGAACAUCAUGGCACCACCAUCAUUGAGAAGAAUCUGUGCCGGAACGUUCUGCUCCAUCUGGUCAGCAUGCACGACUUUGGCCUGGUAAAUACGGUGAGCAUAGAUAAGGCCAUGGCUCACCUGAGAGAUCUGAAACAGCAAAAAGAUGGCCAGGAGCAAUCCAAACCUCAAGACAAUGCUGAUGGUGGAUCCAGAGGUGAUGGUGAAGCCAGUGUAUCAAACUUCAUCAAGACCCAGAAUCACUGAAACUCCUCCUCACUCUCUGCGUUGAAUUGAGUGUCAGCGGGCAUCAGGCGUCCCCUGGAUCUGACCAUAUUCUGCUCGCACCAGCGUAAAAGUUGAUGUCGAGUUAGAAACGAGUUAUGUGGUUUGACGGCCACAUACUAAUUUUGGCCUGAUGUCAUCUGAGUUCAGAGCACUCUUUACUAGAUUCAAAUUACUUGAAGAUGCCAUUAGUCUUUAUGAUGGACUGUACAAGCAGGUCAGAUUUUUCUCAACCCACAUUACCCUGUAGCUCUAGCUAAUUUUUAGCACUUGUUUUAGGUGCCUGUUUUUAAACGGACUAUGAGAAGAUUUUUUUAAUAUAUUUUGAAAAUUGAUGGAUGGAAUUUUUUUUUUUUCAGCAUUUCAGUUUGUGCCACCCCAAGGUUUUUGUUUUCCAUUUUUAAUUUGUUUGGACCAAAGUUUUGUUGGUCUGUUCUUGGUGGCUUAGUAUCCACUUUACUGUUGCACCACACUUGAAGACUUCACAUUGGCUCUUUUUUUUUUUUUGCAUCAGUGCUGCAGGCCAUCUGAGUUUACACUGCAGUUGUUCAAGUUUUUUCUAGCCUUAAUUCCACUGAACUUGCAACACAAACAUACAGGUACAGGGUGCUACAACACAGUGGGGUGGGAGAUGUCUUGCAGAAAUGUUUACACUUGCUUUAUCCAUGGAAACAUGGACUCUUUAGCAGGGUUUGAACUUUUGGUUUAAAUCAGUGCAAACAGGUAUCUUUAUUCUUGUUUGAAUAAUUUUAAUGAUGCUUUACUGCACACAACACCGUGUCCAGUUCAACACAUACGUUUUAUCUCUGUGCAUCUGCUCGGCUGUGUCCAUCGAUAUACUUUGUUUCCACUUGUCCUUCAUGGUGCCUAUUUGUUUAAUUUUCAGGUGUUGAGGAAAACCUGUUUAACAUGUACAUAAGUUUAGUGACAUGAUGGAUUUGCUGAUGGUGACUGCGUUCCGGAAGGAAUAUUAUUUUAGACCAAAGUGAAAUGGCUAUAAUGUUUGUCUAGUUGGCUUCAAAUAAGAAAUGAAAGUUUUCAUAGUGUUUUUUUGUUUUGUUUUUUAUGCAUCGGUUUUAAAAGAAAACUCUCUCUUUGUGAAUCAUAACUGCUUUAUUUUGCUAAAUCUGCACUGGGUUAAAAAAAAGAUUUUUGAUCAAUUACUUACUGGCUGAAACCGUUGCGUAAUUGCAAUUUGUGUAACACUCUUAAUACAGCAAUGAUUAGACAAUAUGUGGAUUACUGAUUGAAAGGAAUGUCAAAAAAAUAUUUAUCUUGAAUAGAAACAUUAUCAAACUUGUUUCUGAAUUAUGCUGAAACGUGCUUGAGGUUGCUCUUUAUUUAAAAUAAAGAUUCUUUUUUGUUUGUUUUACAACUGAUACCUCA